CAUUCUAGCUGGAAAUCUGAGUCCAAAAUGUCUGUUCAGUUGUUUGAAGGAAAGCAGCACGCAGCUUAUUAUCAUAAAUUCCGGUUUGAACCAUCACAAGAAAUAUUAGACCUGAUCUUCAGUUACGUGGAUGAGAAGUUACCUAAACCUCAUGGACUCGCCGUGGACGUUGGCUGUGGAACGGGGCAGAGCACAAGAAUCCUCUCUCCUUACUUCCAGAAAGUUCUGGGAACAGACAUCAGUGAAGCCCAGAUAGAGGAGGCAAAGAAAGUUCCGGGGUCACCCAAUGUAACCUACAGCGCCUGUCCAGCCGAAGAGGUGCCAGUGGGUGACGCCUCUGUUGACCUACUCACAGCCUGUGCUGCCGUCCACUGGUUUGACAUUGAGAAGUUUCUAAAAGAGGUCGAUCGGAUCCUAAAGCCACGAGGCUGCCUUGCUUUCUUUUCCUACCUUCCCCGUUUGGAAGUUCACUACAAGGACUGCUCAGAACAGAUGUCUCAAGUCUUUUCGGACGUAGAAAGUACUCUGGCCCCAUAUCAGCAUGAGAAGGUUCAUCACGUCAAGACGGGAUACAAGGAAAUAUUUGAGGCCAUCCCAUACACCGAUAAAAGAAGGAUAGAAAGUAUUGUAACCAAGAUCCCAAUGCCACUGUCAGCGUUGAUUGGUCUUAUUCAGACCUUCUCCAUGUUCCAGACGUAUCUUAGGACUGAGCCGGAGAAAGCCAAGGAAAUGAUAAGAACGGUAGAGCAAAGGUUCCUUCAGAUCAUGGGAGCGUCCUCCACUGAAGCGGUGGUUGAGGUUUGGUUCCAUAACGUCCUGGUCCUGGCUUGCAAACCGCAGUGAAGCAAGAGACUGGGAAACCGGCGCUGAACCCCUGCGAGACACGGCUGGAGACCCCGCUGAUCAGUAUUUCACCUU